CGGCGUACGAUGUUCGGCGCAUUGCGCUCACUAGCCCGUACGGCGGCGCCAACAUGGCAGCCGUCGAUACGUCCACUAAGGAUUCAGCCACGUCAACCUUCUGCGCUACCUCUUUCCUUGCUGGCCCGCUCAUUCCACGCUACACCGUCUGCGUCGGUGACCAUGAACCAAGCCAUGCGCCGCAAAAAGCCCAUCGGCAAGAAGAACCGUAAACGAAACCCGAGGUCUCCCCUAUUGGAAGGCAACCCAUUUCACAAGGGUGUGGUGUCCGCCGUGACGUGGAUGAAGCCGAAGAAGCCUAACUCGGCCAAGCGUAAGGUCGCGAAGAUCAAGUUGGUGACGGGCAAGGGUAUCACAGCGUCCAUUCGUGGUGAAGGCCAUAACCUACAGGAGCAUAGUGUGGUGCUUGUCAGAGGCGGUCGUGCACAGGAUUUGCCGGGUGUCAAGUAUAAGGUCGUGCGUGGCACAUUAGAUUUGAACGGGGUGGUGAAUAGGAGAUCAGCCCGUAGCAAAUACGGAGCGAAAAAGCCGAAAUCAUAGUUCUCGGCGCUGCCCUCGUUUCACAUUUACUGUAACCUUAUGUCCUGAAUAAUUGCAUUUAUCGCCGG